GUUGGCGCGGAGGAGGGGCCGGGGGUGCGGGGGGACAAGCUGGCGGAGGCUCCGGCGAUGGGCUGAUCUGGGGCUCCCGAGCGCCUCUCUCUCCGUGCGCGAUUUGGGGGCAGCUGAUGGAUUUGCACUCGGGUUCCAGCCCAGCGUUUUCUAUAUUGCCUCCUUAAUACCCGACCUGGCGGCCCCAGUUUGGGUGCGGACGUUGUUUUGUAACCAACCACGAAUGAUGAAACCUUCCAUAGCUGAGAUGCUUCGCAGAGGGAGGAUGUUGUGGAUUAUUCUUCUAAGCACAAUUGCUCUGGGAUGGACUACCCCGAUUCCCCUGAUAGAGGACUCAGAGGAAAUAGAUGAGCCCUGCUUUGAUCCAUGCUACUGUGAAGUUAAAGAGAGCCUCUUUCAUAUACAUUGCGACAAUAAAGGAUUUACAAAUAUUAGUCAGAUUACUGAGUUUUGGUCAAGACCUUUUAAAUUGUAUCUGCAGAGGAAUUCGAUGAGGAAAUUGUACACCAACAGUUUUCUUCAUUUAAAUAACGCUGUGUCCAUUAACCUGGGGAACAAUGCAUUGCAGGACAUUCAAACAGGAGCUUUCAAUGGCCUUAAGAUUUUAAAGAGGCUCUAUCUACACGAGAACAAACUAGAUGUCUUCAGAAAUGACACCUUCCUGGGCUUGGAAAGUCUCGAAUAUCUGCAGGCAGAUUACAAUGUCAUUAAACGUAUUGAGAGUGGGGCAUUUCGGAACCUAAGCAAACUGAGGGUUCUGAUUUUAAAUGAUAAUCUCAUCCCCAUGCUUCCAACUAAUUUGUUUAAGGCUGUCUCUUUAACCCAUCUGGACCUACGUGGAAACAGGUUAAAGGUUCUGUUUUAUCGAGGGAUGCUAGACCACAUUGGCAGGAGCCUGAUGGAGCUCCAGCUGGAAGAAAAUCCCUGGAAUUGUACAUGUGAGAUUGUGCAACUGAAGAGUUGGCUGGAACGUAUUCCUUACACUGCCCUGGUGGGAGACAUCACCUGUGAGACCCCUUUCCACUUCCACGGGAAGGACCUGCGAGAAAUCAGGAAGACAGAACUCUGUCCCUUGCUGUCUGACUCUGAGGUGGAGGCUAGUUUGGGGAUUCCCCACUUGUCAUCGAACAAGGAGAACGCAUGGCCAACUAAGCCCUCCUCAAUGUUGUCCUCUGUCCAUUUUACUGCUUCUUCUGUUGAAUACAAGUCCUCAAAUAAACAGCCCAAGCCCACCAAACAGCCCCGAACACCACGGCCACCAUCCACAUCCCAAGCUUUAUACCCCGGUCCAAACCAACCUCCCAUUGCUCCUUACCAGACCAGACCACCCAUUCCCAUCAUCUGCCCUACUGGCUGUACCUGUAAUUUGCACAUCAAUGACCUUGGCUUGACUGUCAACUGCAAAGAGCGAGGAUUUAAUAACAUUUCUGAACUUCUUCCAAGGCCACUGAAUGCCAAGAAACUGUACCUGAGCAGCAAUCUGAUUCAGAAAAUAUACCGUUCUGAUUUUUGGAAUUUCUCUUCAUUGGAUCUCUUGCAUCUCGGGAACAACCGUAUUUCUUACGUCCAGGAUGGGGCCUUCAUCAACCUGCCCAACCUAAAGAGCCUCUUUCUCAAUGGCAAUGAUAUCGAGAAGCUGACACCAGGCAUGUUCCGAGGCCUACAGAGUUUGCACUACUUGUACUUUGAGUUCAACGUCAUCCGGGAAAUCCAGCCUGCAGCCUUCAGCCUCAUGCCCAACUUGAAGCUGCUAUUCCUCAACAAUAACUUGUUGAGGACCCUACCAACGGACGCCUUUGCAGGCACAUCCCUGGCCCGACUCAACCUGAGGAAAAACUACUUCCUCUACCUUCCUGUGGCUGGUGUCUUAGAGCAUUUGAAUGCCAUUGUCCAGAUAGACCUCAAUGAGAAUCCCUGGGAUUGCACCUGUGACCUGGUCCCCUUCAAGCAGUGGAUCGAGACCAUCAGCUCCGUCAGCGUGGUCGGCGAUGUUCUCUGCAGGAGCCCUGACAACCUCACCCACCGUGACGUGCGCACUAUUGAGCUGGAAGUCCUGUGCCCGGAGAUGCUGCACACUGCGCCAGCGGGGGCCUCCCCAGCCCAGCCUGGAGAUUCUCACUCCGCUGGGGGGCCGACAAGCGCAUCACCUUAUGAGUUCUCUCCCUCUGGGGGCCCUGUGCCCCUUUCGGUGUUGAUUCUCAGCCUGCUGGUUCUGUUUUUUUCAGCAGUCUUUGUAGCUGCAGGCCUCUUUGCCUACGUGCUGCGCCGGCGCCGGAAGAAGCUGCCCUUUAGGAGCAAGCGGCAGGAAGGUGUGGACCUCACCGGCAUCCAGAUGCAAUGCCACCGGCUUUUCGAAGAUGGCGGAGGGGGU